AAUGUUUAUUGUAUUCUAUCAAUGUAAUAAUUCUAUGUUACAUAAACAUCUCCAGGUGUCCACAUAACCAACCUAAAUGGAUCCUGUUUCCGUUGUCUCUGUCACGUAGCUGGGUGUGACAUGUCCAGAGGUUGUAGCGAAGGGUACUGCGGCCCAUUCUUCAUAUCCAGGGUAUAUUGGGUAGAUGCUGGUAAACCGACCCUGCCUGAUGACGAUCCGGAUAGGAAAGAAGCAUUCGAAGACUGCGCCCGUGACUACCACUGUUCCAUCAAAAUUAUCGAGAGCUACAUGGCGAAAUUUGGAAAGGACUGUAACAACGACGGAGUAACAGACUGCUUCGACUAUAUGCUGAUCAACUACCACGGCGGCAGGGCCUGCUCCAAGCCACUGGUGCACACGCAGUCAGGCCGAAGGUGGCUGCAGGCUUAUCGACAGUGUCGUUUUUGA